GGAGAACUAGGAGGGGUAAAAGAAAGAGAAUUGGGGGCGAUACAGACUGUUGACUGGAAUGUUCAGAUUCUCACCGAGACAAGCAGAGUAAAUGGGAUUUUAACGCCGGUGUUGAACAGUAACGCCUAUUUUCUCGCUCCAGCUGUUUUUGUUUGCAUUCCCGUGAAGCUCUGGAAUUUGUGAACAUGGUGAUUAAAGUUUACAUCGCAUCCUCCUCUGGAUCCACAUCGAUCAAGAAACAGCAACAGGAUGUCAUGGGCUUCUUGACAGUCAAUAAAAUUGAUUUUGAGGAGUGCGACAUUGCAGCUGAUGAAGAAAACAGAAAGUGGAUGAGAGAGAAUGUUCCAGAUGAUUUCCGACCAGCCACAGGGAACCCCUUACCACCUCAGAUCUUCAAUGAAGAGAAAUAUUGUGGGAACUAUGAGGCGUUUUUCUCUGCCCGUGAGGACAAUGCUGUGUACGCGUUUCUUGGUUUGACUGCACCCCCAGGUUCAAAGGAAGCAGAAGCUCUGGCUAAGAAAAUGCAGAUGUAAUCUAAAGAAGCCGCUGUAACGCAGCUGCUGAAACCCUGCACUUUUUUAUUUUUAUUGUUGGUCCUUUUUUCUUUGCACCCAUGAAGUUAAAUAAUGAGAUGUUUUGUUUGUUUGUGAUGAGUUGGAAAGAAAUCAUUCCUCCUCUCAUUCAGAUAAACACACACUACCGGUCAAAAGUUUGGGGUCUGCAGGAUUUUUAAACGUUUUUUAAAUCAGCUUCUCCUGCUCACCAAGGCUGCAUUUAUUUCAUCAAAAAUACAGAACAAAUUGUAAAAUUGUGAAAUGUUAUUAAAAUAACUGUUCAAAAGUAGUUUAUAAUUUAAUUUAAUAAUUUAUUCAGUGAUUCUAAUGAAUUUUCAGCUUCAUUACUCCAGUCUUCAGAGUCACAUGAUCCUUCAGAAAUCACUCCAACAUUAAUAAUAGUAAUAGUAAUAGUAAUAAUAAUAAUAAUAAUAAUAAUUAUUAUUAUUAUUAUUAUUAUUAUUAUAAUGGUAAUAGUAAUAAAAAUCAAUAAUGAUAGGAGGACUGGAGUAUUAAUUUCAUUUGAAACUGCAUACAAUAAGUAAUACAUGUACAAUUUAACGCAUUUUUUACAUUUAAUAAAUUCCGCCUUGAUGAACAAAAUAAUUUUCUUAAACAAUUAUUAAUAAUUUAAUAAUUUUCUACAAAAAACAAAACUGACUCCAAACUUUUGACCAGUAGUGUAAGUAAAGCUGUUUUUCACUUGUUGUCAAGACUUAAUUUCUCAGAAUUUUUAAGGUACGGUUCACCUAAAAAUAAAAAGGUCUUAUUAUUUGCUCAUAUUCAAGUGCUUCCAAACCUUUAUAAGUGUCUUUUUUCAGUUGAACAUAAAAGAAGAUAUUUUGAAGAAUGCUGGAAACCGGUAACCAUGACAUUCAUAGUAGGAUAAAUAAAUACUAUUGAUGUCGAUUAUUACCAAUUUUCAACUUUUUAAAAUGUCUUUAUUUGUUCAUUCAUUCAUUUUUCUUCAGCUUAUUUAUUAGGAGUCGCCACAGCGUAAUGGACCGCCAACUUAUCAAGCAUGUGUUUUACUUGGAGGAUGCCCUUCCGGCUGCAUCCCAGUUCUGGGAAACACCCAUACACUCUCACAUUCACACACUCACACACACAUCAUCCAAUUCACCUAUAGACCAUUUCAAUGUGGUCAUGUCAUUGGCCCAUUCACAUUUCCUGCUUGUUAUCAAACUAUUUGAUAACUGUAAUAAGAGGCAAUUCAAACUUGAUGUUAAAACAGCUAUCAGAACAUUAUUUAUCAAUACAUGGCUCUGGUUGGAUUCUGGGAAGCUACAGAAAUUAAAAAAGUAAAAUAGGAAAUACGUUGGGAGCAUUUUGUUUGUUUAAAUCCCUCAAAAUGGUCUAUAGCGCAUGUCUUUAGACUGUGGGGAAAACUGGAGCACCCUGAGGAAACCCACACAGAAAUGCCAACUGGUCCAACAGGUACACAAAUCAGUGACCUUAUUGCUGUGAGGCGACAGUGCUAACCACUGAGCCACUGUGCCCCCUAUUUAUCUGUUCAACUGAACAAAAAGAAAUUUGAACAGGUUUGCGUGAAGAUAGAGGAGGAAAUGAUGACAGGAUUUUAUUUUGGGGUGAACCAUCUCUUGAAACUAUUCUUGGCAAGUUUUGCUUGAACGUCCUUCAUUAGUUAUGUGGCAUGUUGCUGUCAAUCAGUGCAGAUACACUGUUCACACAACAAGCCCAUGCGUUUUCACCAUGUGUUCAUAUUUUUAAAGGAAUGUUGCCAAUUGUAGUUCGCAUUCUUGUCUGUUUAAGCAUUCUCUUUGUUUCUCUUCUCUUCUAUUUCUUUUGAAGCUUUUGCCAUUUUUUUACUAAAUGAAUGAUAUAUUUCAUACUGCAUUUUUGUUUUACCUCAAGCAUCUUUCAUGUCUUAAUUUUAGUUAUCAGGCGUAUAAUAGCUUUUUAUUUUAACUUUGGUACUUUAAUUUGUUUAUAGUGUACUUUCAGAAACUUUUAAUACAAAAUAAUCUACUCUAUAGUGCAGUGUUCCUGAAGGCACACCAACAUGUAGGGAUUAUUUACAGUUUUAACCCAAAGAAUGACCAGUCUGUCAGAGGAAAAAGAGCCGUAGUCAGAGAUUGAAAUAAAUAAAUGAAGUUUACUGACGAUAGUUUCAUCAGCAGAAGCCAGCUUCAACACUCGCAAUCAGUUCUAGGUCGCUCUGCUUACAAUCACACAUCAACAUCAGUUAUACUCUCACAUAAUGUCAUUAACUGAGUCAUAUAUAUAGGUGUUCUAACCUGAUUGGUUAAAACACAGAUAGACUAGGAAAAUUUCCACGUGGGGCUCGUGAGUACAAUUCUAAACAAUAUCUCAAGCAUAUAAACGUCAGCCAUCCACUAGACUGUUUGGAGCUGACUCCAGACCUGUGAAACGGAUCCACAAUCAAAUAGAACACACACACUUAAAGUACAAUCUGUUUCUUAUCCAAGGCGGACUGUACAGGCAGUUAUAUCCUUACUACACAAAGUCUAUCUUGAAUAAAAAGUAAAAUCACCUUAAAAGAAUUAACUGUAAAAAUAGCAAAAUCACUUUAGACAUUUUAGAUAGUAUUAACUCAUAGAAAUAACAAUAGAAAUAGUUGUUUCCAGUCCUCAGCUAUUUAGUUCCCCUUGAGGUCUCCGUGACCUCUGAUCUAGUUUGGUGGCUCCUGUAAAUAGUUAUAAAGAGACAGGCAAAUGCACUGAACGUUCUUAUAUUAAGCAAUGGUGUUAACUUUAUUCAUUAUUCAAUAAUCAUCUUUAAUAAAAAUGAUGAGAAAAGGAGAAACGUUGAUCCAUGUUCAGACGAAUUGAAAGGUAGAAAUCCCAAUCCUUCAAACAGCACAUAUUUCCAACUUCUCCUUCUCCUUCAUCAAACACACCUGAAUCAACUCAACAUUAGAAGAGACUCCAGAACCUGUAGUUAAUGGGUUAGAUAGAGGAGACAUCUUAAAUAUGUACUGUCGGUGUGCCUUCAGGAACAGGGUUGGGAAGCACUACUAUAGUGUAUCUUUUCAGGCAAGUAAAUGGCACAGAAAUAUGAUGAAUUCUAAUAUGGUGAGGCCUACGUUUACAUUGUCAUAUGGCAUACUGUGAUGCACUGUGCCCUUGAUAUGAUAUUGAACACCAUUGCGGUUUGUCUGACUUGAUGAAUGUCUGAUUAGCAUUUUUAUAAAAACCCUUACAAUUAUUGAAACUAUACUUUGUUUUGUAUUGUAAAAUUAUCACUGAAAUUGUUCUUAAAUUUACCACUGUCUUAUGAAAAUAGUACCAAAGUAAUAAAACAAUUGUGAGAAAUUGUGUGUCAGAGGGGAAAAGGAUAUGGCAAUAGUGGACAAUGAUUUUGUUUUUUAAGUGCAGACUAUUGUAUUUGUAUACUGCAAAUCAAUAAAUGAGUAAAAACUGUAUAUGGUACAAUACAUAGUGUACUAAAUAAAUGUUUUAAACUCUGA